AUGGCGGAGAGCGGCGGCGGCGGCGGCGGCGCCCUGCAACAGGGCUCUCCCGCCGUGGGCGGCGGCGGCGGCAUCAGCAACAGCAACAGCUCGGAGCCGGUGGCGGUGCCGCCAGUGCCACCGCAGCUGUCGGUGUCGGUGUCGGUGGCAGUGCCCGGCGGCUCGGGCUCGGGCUCGGGCUCGGGCGCGGGCGCGGGGUCGCAGCAGCAGCAGCAGCAGCGGGAGAGGAUCGCACUGAGGAAGGCGCAGCUCCGCAGUUACCCGCGGACAAAGAAACUGGAGAAGCUCGGGGUUUACUCCGCUUGUAAGGCUGAAGAAUCCUGUAAGUGCAAUGGUUGGAAGAAUCCAUGUCCACCUCCCACUCCUCCACGGGUAAACCUGCAGCAGACAGCAGUCAGUCUCACAGAACCAUGCCGAAGCUGUGGCCACACACUGGCUGAUCAUGUUUCCCACCUGGAGCACGUAUCGGAGGAAGAAAUGAACAGGCUGCUUGGAAUAGUGCUGGAUGUGGAAUACUUGUUCACUUGUGUCCACAAGGAAGAGGAUGCAGACACAAAGCAAGUUUAUUUUUACCUGUUCAAACUUUUGAGAAAAUGUAUCUUACAAAUGGGAAGUCCUGUGGUGGAAGGACCUUUAGGAAGUCCACCUUUUGAGAAGCCCAGCAUUGAGCAGGGAGUUAUCAAUUUUGUGCAGUACAAAUUUAGUCACCUUCCGAUCAAGGAGAGGCAGACAAUUUGCGAAUUGUCCAAAAUGUUUCUGAAUCGAAUUAACUACUGGCAAUUGGAGACGCCCUCUCAGCGAAGGCUUCGGUCACCAAAUGAUGAUGGUGCUGGAUACAAGGUUAACUACACAAGGUGGUUGUGUUACUGUAACGUCCCUCAGUUCUGCGACAGUCUCCCUCGACAUGAGACCACCCAUGUUUUUGGCAGGACGUUGCUUCGCUCUGUUUUCACCGUCAUGAGGCGACAAUUACUGGAGAAGUCCAGGCAGGAGAAGGAUAAGCUGCCCCUGGAGAAACGCACACUCAUUCUGACCCACUUUCCAAAAUUCCUUUCUAUGUUGGAGGAGGAGGUGUACAGCCACAGCUCUCCUAUAUGGGAUUUAGACUUCACAGUGUCGUCUGGUAACAUUCAGCUAGGGAUACAGCCAGUCAUCAAUCCUACUCCAGUUUCUGGUAUCCUGCCAACAACCAGGCCAUUUGGAUAUGGAGCAAGCCCAUCCUCUGGUAACAUUGACCAAACCAACAGUGGAAGUUUGAGUCCUGUCUGGAGGAACAAAGUGACUGGUUCAGAACAAUGUAUGGGAGAGAAGAGGAAGGCUACAGAACCCUAUAAUCUGGAAGAUGCAAAGAGGCAAAGAGUUUUGGGGGAUAUCCCAAUGGAGCUAGUGAAUGAAGUGAUGUCAACUAUCACAGACCCAGCUGCUAUGUUGGGCCCAGAGACCAGUUUGCUGUCUGCACAUGCAGCCAGAGAUGAGGCUGCAAGACUGGAAGAAAGAAGGGGUGUUAUUGAGUUCCAUGUUGUAGGAAACUCGCUGAAUCAGAAGCCAAACAAGAAAAUGAUGAUGUGGCUGGUUGGUCUGCAGAAUGUUUUCUCCCAUCAAUUGCCCAGAAUGCCUAAGGAAUAUAUCACUCGGCUGGUCUUCGAUCCUAAGCACAAGACUCUUGCGUUGAUCAAAGAUGGCCGGGUGAUUGGUGGAAUCUGUUUCCGAAUGUUUCCAACACAGGGAUUUACAGAGAUUGUGUUUUGUGCUGUAACCUCCAAUGAACAAGUGAAGGGCUAUGGAACGCAUUUAAUGAAUCACCUGAAGGAAUAUCACAUCAAACAUAACAUUCUGAAUUUCCUCACGUACGCAGAUGAAUAUGCAAUUGGCUACUUCAAAAAACAGGGAUUCUCUAAGGAUAUAAAAGUUCCAAAAGUGAAAUAUGUGGGUUAUAUUAAAGAUUAUGAAGGUGCUACUCUGAUGGGAUGUGAGUUGAAUCCACGAAUUCCAUACACUGAAUUCUCUGUCAUCAUAAAGAAGCAAAAAGAGAUUAUAAAAAAGUUGAUAGAAAGAAAACAGGCCCAGAUUCGAAAGGUCUACCCAGGACUCUCCUGUUUUAAGGAAGGAGUAAGGCAAAUUCCUAUCGAAAGCAUACCUGGAAUAAGGGAAACUGGUUGGAAACCUAGUGGAAAGGAAAGGGGAAAAGAAUCCAGAGACCCUGACCAGCUUUACAACACACUAAAGAACACCCUACAGCAAGUAAAGAGUCACCAAAAUGCUUGGCCGUUUAUGGAGCCAGUGAAGAAGGUUGAAGCACCAGGUUACUAUGAAGUAAUUCGCUUCCCCAUGGAUCUGAAAACAAUGAGUGAACGUAUUAAGAAUCGGUAUUAUGUGACUAAAAAGCUAUUCAUGGCUGACAUGCAGCGCAUCUUCACCAAUUGUCGAGAAUACAAUCCUCCAGAGAGUGAAUACUUCAAGUGUGCCAACAUACUGGAGAAAUUCUUUUACAGUAAAAUUAAAGAGGCUGGAUUAAUAGACAAGUGAAGGGCUAAGUAAAUAAUUUUUUUUCAGAGGGGUGUACUGUGACCAGACCACGUUCGUCAAGUGCACGGUGCAGACUAAAUAUCAAUGAUGCCUUACCAGUAGCUCCAGAAACCAGCUAUUGUUGACAUCAAAAUAAAUUCUUCAUGCAGCCAGUUGCAAUCUGCAGGCAGACUGAUCAGCUUUACUGUGUCAGGAAUGGAAAAUAUAAGUCCAAUCUACAUAAUGCAAUUAGUAAUAAAAAAAGCAAAUAUGUUUUAUGUAUGGAAAUUAUUUUUUAACAUAAAUUGCUGAGAAUAUGGGUUGAUAUUUAGUGUCCAUACCCUUGAGAAAAUUCACUUUCCAGAACAUGAAAUGUUCUCCCUUUGUAGAUAGACAGUACUUAGUCUGUUUCCAAUGUCUGAGUCCUAUAUCCAGACUCCACCCCCCACCCCCCGUUUCUUCCAGGAUUGGGGAAGGUGGCAUCAGGAAUAUUCUGCAAAGCAGCAACUAGAACUUUCAUUGCUCUAAUAAGGAUUUUUACCAAGUAUCUUGACCUCAGAGAGGAUCAGUUUAUAAACUAGAUUAACCAGAAGCCCUUUUCUUCUGGUUAUUAUUUCAUACUAUUUUACAAAGGGAGAAGGCAAGUGUUACUUAAAUAAUAAUUUAACAAUCUGUGCGAACAUUAUAUUUUAUUGGCAAUCUAGUCAGUAUAUCAAUCACAUUAUGGGAGUGCAGAAGAGGCUGUCUUAGAGGUCCAGAUUUAUGCCAUGAGUGCUUAUAUUGGGAAUAUUCUUGGGAAGCAGUGCUCUACUUAUAAUGUAACCAUGAUACAAGCUGAGUGUGCUUUAGAAAUCUAUGAUUGGAGAUGCAUGCACCUAUUAUAGUUCAGUGUGGUGUAGUGCAAUUAUUAUGAGUGCUUGCCAUGCCUUGCUACAACCGUGUGGCUUUUGGCUUGAGAGCAAGGCAUGCAAACUGUAAGACAGAAAAUUGAUGCCAGAGAUUAUGACAGAUGUAUAUUUUUAAGUCCUUCAUGACAAACUGCUAGUCAAGUGUCAUUUUCUAGCCUGCAUUCUCUCUGUGUAUCUCUGCUGAUUUAAUUUGGUAUCUUUACUGGACAGGAAAUGGCAAUAGGAACAACAUCAGUGCCCAGCCUCAAACAUUAAAGGACAAUGUAUACCUCCAAGGCUUUGAAUAAAAAAACAUAGGCAGAAAAGAAAGAUUACCUAUCUUAUAGGGUCUUCAAUCUUUAACCUUUCUCAGUGUGUAGAGAAGUAAAGGCCACUAGUACCAAAACUGAAUUGUCGGCUUGAAUGAACAUUACAACAAAACCCUAUCCCAAUAGACAGGGUGAACAUGUUUUCGGUAUGGAUGUGAAUGGUAUCAAUUAUUUUGAGAAAUGAAUAAAAUAAACAAUGUACACAUUAAGAAAUAUCUCAAAUGGUGACAUGCAUCUAUGGAAUGUAUGCAGCUUGUUACAGUACACUUCAUCAAGUAACCCAUCGUUUUUUUAAAAGGGCAGUUUUUGAAAGCACUUUGGUAAAGUAUGACAGUAAAAUGUUAGAACUUGGUGUUGAUUCACAAUCUUUACUAUUUCCUAUGCAGCACAAGUUAGCAUGGUUUGAAUUCAUUACCAUACAUCCAUUUGCAAUGCAAUAAUGUGCAACACUCUAAAUAUGAUGGAUCGUGAGAGGACUUUAGAAUAUUGUAAGAAUGUUUUAUUAAGUCUUGUUUGAGACAACUGUGCUCUGGCAACCUAUUCUUAAAAUAGAAGGGUGAAUGUUCUUAAUUAUUAAAAUGCAUUCAUUACAAGGUAUAAGUAUUUUGUUACUUGUGAAAUGCAUCCAAUGUGCCAUUAGGUCAAUUGUCUUAAGCAUUUUACUGUUUAAUUUGGAGUGGCAUUGAGUACAGUACUUAAAACAAACUGUAUGAUGAGAUUUCAGCUGAUAGAAAUAGUAAAGUGUUUUAAGUUGUAGUGUUGCCUGAUGUUGGUGCACUUUAUGGUGUGUAAUCACUACCAGUCAUCUGAAUGCUAGCCUGAACUGGUCAGAAAUAGUGGUGUAAUUCAGGCUGUUUUAAUAUCAAAGCUUUUAUCUGCUAGUAAAAAAUAUUAAGUUAAAAUGUGUAUUGUGACUUUUAAAACGUAUGUCUUUUAUUAAAAUAAGUUCAGUAGUGCAAAAUUAGAAUGUAAUAAAGUGACUAACUUAUUAAGAUAUUUUCUAAAUUGUCCAAUUACCAUUUUUUAUUUUUUAGAAAAAAUAGAUUUUGUGCAAUAUUGUAAACUUUACCUUUGUGGUUUUGUAAACCUUUUUGUAUUCACUACACAUGGAGAAGUCAAAUGUUCUUUUGUAAAAUUAAUAUAUUGUACUAAGAUAGAAAAUAAAUGGUA